CCCUUUUUUCUUUUCUUUGUAUAGAAUGAACCAACUUGAAAAUAGUGUUGCUAAAGAAGAAACUGUGAUGAGCAGUAACAAACCACUCUUAAGAGAACCAUUAAAACCACGUCCUAUUCUUUCUGAUAAAAGCAAUGCAAAUAGACAUACCAAACUAAAAAACAUCAAACAUAAACCCCAAGAUACCCUUGACUCACAACAAAAAGCACAUAUACAAGAAUUCUUUGAUGAUAACCAAACACGUUACCAACCUGAAGAUACAAUGGUUAUUGUACCUGUCUUGCCUAUUGCUGUGCCUACUAGAAUGAAGCAUUUAUUUAUUAAAGAUAUCAAAACAACUCAAAAACGAGCAUUCGAAGACAACGACGAUGAUGAAAAGAGAGAAAACAAAAAGACCAAAUUCACUUCACGGCCAUUAUUUGUACCUGAUGCACCUCCCCUUGAAUUCACUGCUGAUCAAGAAACCAUUCAAUACGAUUCAGCACAAGAAAAAAGAGCCAAAUUAGCCAUGCUUCAAACCACACAAUCCCUCUGUGAAGGACAAUGGAAUGAUCCCAUGCUAGUUGCUGAAUAUGCAGGUGAAAUCUUUGGUCAUCUGUACGACAUUGAACCUUCCAUGAUGGGUAAUCCUGACUAUGCUAACCACCAACAACAUGAAGUGACUUGGGGUAUGCGUAGUGUCUUGAUUGACUGGGUCAUUGAGAUUCAUUAUCUAUUUGGUCUAUUGCCUGAAACACUGUUCCUGACAGUCAAUAUCAUUGAUCGAUUCUUGUCUAAACGUACUGUGGUGCUAGGCAAACUUCAAUUAGUGGGUAUUACAGCUCUUUUUAUUGCUGCCAAGUUUGAAGAGCUCACGACACCUCCUUUGCGUGACUUCUUGUUCAUGACAGACAAUGCUGUGAAUGAAGAUGAGUUGAUCAAAGCAGAGCGAUUUAUUCUUCAAGUACUCGAUUUCCGUCUUUGUUAUCCUAAUCCUUUGAAUUUCUUGCGUCGUGUCUGUACUGAAGAAAUGCAGUGUGAUAUUCAUACACGUACCUUGGCCAAGUAUUUUAUGGAAGUAGCCUGUAUUGAUCAUUCGUUUAUCGGUACUCGUCCCUCUCUGAUUGCUGCUUCUGCUUUGUGGCUAUCGAAGCGUAUGUUGGCCAAAGGUAAAUGGACACCCCGUUUUACGAAAUUAUCAGGUUAUGCUCCUGAUGAUCUCAAGGCCACAGUGGAGCGUAUGUUGGAUUAUCUAUCACAGCCUGUGACACACGAUGCCUUUUUCAGAAAAUGGUCUACUAAACGCUGUGCUAAAGCCAGUAUUUUUGUACGUGACUGGAUCAAUCGGUUUUAUAUCAAUGUACAGGAUGCUUGAAAUAAACAGUUUAUUUAUUAGAUCUUUCCUUGAAGUAAUUCUUUAAUAAUAGCAGUACCAUACACACGGAAUGUAUGGUACAUUGUCACCACAUCAAUGGUAGAAAAGA